ACUAAUGGUGCCUGCUGAGGCUCUACUUCGAUCGUUCCUCUCUUCCUCUUCCUCCAUCCAAAUCGACUCUCUCAACGCCGGCGACCGGCCUAAUUUCGCCGACGAUUGUUUCCUUCUUUAACUUACCUCGAUUUUGCCUGAUCCCUAAUUUGUUGUGCGUUUCUCCCCUUCUUUGGGUAAUGGAAAUGCCCGGGAGGCGAUCGAGCUACUCCCUCCUCGGCCAGAACCCUGAUGAGGCUCUGCCUCCCUUGUUCGAUACUCCUCCCUCCGACAAGGCCCGCGCCGCUCGCUUUGAGUGGCCGAUCAACGCCUCGUCCGUGGCGGCGCCGCCCCCGCUGCAGCGGCAGUCCAGCGGGAGCAGCUACGGGGGGAGCUCCUUCUCGGGAGACUACUACCUUCCCGCUACGAUCUCUUCCUCGAACGUCGAUUCGGAAGGAUUUAAUCCCUUGGCGGGAGGAGAGGGGCGGGGGCAGGACGGCGCCGCUGCCGGUCUGUCGUCGUCGUCGGCCAAGAGCUGGGCGCAGCAGGCUGAGGAGACGUACCAGCUCCAGCUAGCUCUGGCGCUUCGGCUCUGCUCCGAGGCGGCCUGCGCGGAGGACCCUAAUUUCUUGGACGCCGCAGAUCAGAUGGUGCUGCCGGAACGUGCUGCUCCUACUUCCUUGUCCCAUCGGUUCUGGGUAAAUGGAUGUUUGUCUUACCAUGAUAAGAUUCCAGAUGGAUUUUACCUAAUUCAGGGAAUGGAUCCAUUUGUGUGGACCCUAUGUACAGAUGUGGAAGAAGAGAACCGAAUUCCAUCAAUUGAGUCAUUGAAGACUGUUCACCCCAAUGACUCAUCCAUUGAAGUAGUUCUUAUAGAUAGACAGCACGAUCCAGACCUAAGGCAUUUGGAAACAAUUGUAACUGGCCUUUCAUGUAGUUGUGCUACAGCAAAAGAUGUGGUGGAGCAGCUAGCAAAGCUUGUUUGCACUCGAAUGGGGGGUAUUGCUUUUAAUGGAGAAGAUGCUCUUCUACAUUGCUGGAAGGAGUGUGGUGAGACUAUCAAGGCUAGUUCAUGCUCUAUUGUACUUCCAAUGGGAAAACUAUCGUUUGGUCUUUGCAGGCAUCGAGCAUUGCUUUUUAAGAUGUUGGCAGACACAAUUAAUUUGCCUUGCCGGGUUGCCAAGGGAUGCAAAUAUUGCAAAACAGAUGAUGCUUCUUCUUGUUUGGUGCGCUUUGGUCUUGAAAGGGAAUACUUAGUUGAUCUGAUUAAGAACCCAGGAAAUUUAUGUGAACCUGAUUCCUUGCUGAAUGGACCCUAUUCUGUUUCAAUUGCUUCACCUUUGCGCCCUCCAAAAGUCAAAUCAUCUGAGAUAAAUGUGAACUUCCGAACCUUGGCCAAACAAUAUUUUCAGGACUGUCAAUCACUGAAUCUUAUCUUCAAAGAUGCUUCAGCAGGUACUUCUAUUGCUGAAGGAGAUGCUAUUGAUCCAUCCUCCUCUAAGCCAUCUGAUGGUGGAACUGAGUCACUUCAGCCUUGUAUCCAAAAGGUUACUUGGCCAGAUGGUAAUAUUGUCAAUGCAAAUAAAAUGUUCAAUCCUCUGAGGAAUGCAAGAAACCCAGAUCUUGUUGAACGAGAAUUGGGACCAAUGAAGCUUACAGCACAAGAUGGGUGUGGCAACACUGCUCCAUGUGAGCCAAAUGCAGAUAUGAAGGAUUUUAAAUUGACGGAGGAUUCUAAACAUAUUGGAAACAGACCUAGCAAUGAUAUAAGACUUGCUGAAGAUGAUUUAAAUAUUCCAUGGCGUGAACUGAUCCUGAAGGAGAGAAUUGGAGCAGGUUCAUUUGGAACAGUUCAUCGUGCUGAAUGGCAUGGUUCAGAAGUUGCUGUCAAGAUUCUUAUGGAACAAGAUUUCCAUCCUGGGCGCUUAAGGGAGUUCCUAAGAGAGGUUGCUAUAAUGAAAAGCCUACGACAUCCUAAUAUUGUUCUGUUUAUGGGUGCUGUUACUGAACCACCUAAUCUAUCCAUUGUCACUGAAUAUUUGUCAAGAGGAAGUUUGUAUAGACUUUUACAUAAAAAUGGCGCAAAGGAAACUAUAGAAGAGAGGCGCAGAUUAAGCAUGGCAUUUGAUGUGGCAAAGGGAAUGAAUUAUCUUCACAAACGUAAUCCUCCAAUUGUGCAUCGAGAUUUGAAGUCUCCAAAUCUUCUUGUUGAUAAGAAAUAUACUGUGAAAGUCUGUGAUUUCGGUCUGUCUAGAUUGAAGGCAAACACAUUUCUCUCAUCCAAAUCUCUUGCAGGAACACCGGAGUGGAUGGCGCCUGAAGUACUUCGGGAUGAACCAUCAAAUGAGAAAUCAGAUAUUUACAGCUUUGGUGUGAUUUUAUGGGAGCUUAUGACGUUGCAACAACCAUGGAGUAACUUAAAUCCUGCUCAGGUGGUUGCUGCAGUUGGCUUCAAGGCAAGAAGGCCUGAGAUCCCAAGUACUGUAAAUAGACAUGUGGCUGCCAUAAUUGAGUCCUGUUGGGCCAGCGAGCCAUGGAAAAGGCCUUCUUUUUCUAGUAUCAUGGAAUCCUUGAAGCCUCUAAUCAAGACUCAGUCACCUCAACCAUUACAUUCUGAUAUGUCUAGUAUCCAAUAGCCAGAUGAUUGCAUAUUCCUCAGAGAGAUGUGUAUUGUAUCUAUUCUACUUGUCAAAAAGGGUCCCCUUCAAAUUUUGCCUGUCAGAGGAUCAGGUGCUUUUCAAUUUCCACAUGCCAAUGAAGCUGCUGCCAGUUUUCAUUGCAUCACCGCCAACAAGAUCGAUCUAAUCAGCUAUAGAUAUUUUUCAGUAAAUUGAAGUUCCAUUCGUGUUUAUAUGUAUAUUUUGUUUAACCUAGGUGCAUUAUAUUUUUAUCCGAGCUUACAUUGAAAAAAGCUUAUUAGGAAAGAGCACAAGCCUUUUGAGGUUGUGUUGCAAUUUCAGAGUGAUAUCAGCAUGGAACUUGUAUAUUGCCAGUCUUUUACCGUCAGUUAUCUAAUCAAAUGUGUGCAUUCUGAA